CGAGUCGUACGCUGUCACGUGACCAGUUACUCUACUUCAACUCCCACCACCGUUACCAGUUUUCCCCACUCCGUCUCUGGGUGUCAACGACCUAAAAGACGCGUUCAGGGUUCAAUAGCGAUCUUUGUGUCAGUAUAGUGAGAGACAAGUGGCACUCAGGUGUAACCCGACUCACUACGAUAUAGCCGUGAGGACACGAUGCAUUUCACAAAGCCAGCUUGGGUGGUCCACCAAGACCCCGCUGCUCGAGCAGAUUCUACAAAACGGCUCUCCAUAUUCUCUAUCCACGUCCAUCCGGAUGGGUCAAGGAUAGCGACAGGUGGACUCGAUGCUAAAGUUCGAAUAUGGAGCACGAAACCGAUACUGAACCCCGCCUCCGAAAGCUCGAACAAGCCUCCAAAGUCACUUUGCACGUUGACCAUGCAUACAGGUCCGGUUCUUACUGUACGGUGGGCUCAUUCCGGAAGGUGGCUGGCGAGUGGGAGUGACGAUGAGAUUGUUAUGAUUUGGGAUUUAGACCCGAACGCGAGGGGAAAGGUUUGGGGGUCGGAUGAAGUGAAUGUUGAAGGCUGGAGGCCUAUGAAGCGCCUAGUUGGUCACGAAAGUGACGUUACGGACGUUGCGUGGGCUCCAGAAGACAGGUACCUUGCAUCUGUUGGUUUAGAUUCGAAAGUAUUCAUCUGGUGCGGCUUCACACUAGAAAGACUGCGGAAGUUAGACCAACAUCAAGGAUUCGUUAAAGGCGUAUGCUGGGAUCCCGUUGGGGAGUUUCUUGCAACGCAAUCGGACGACCGAAGCGUGAAAAUUUGGCGCACAGGUGACUGGUCCCUCGAGGCCGAGGUCACCAAACCUUUCGAAGAUUCCCCGGGCAGCACGUUCUUCCGUCGUCUGAGCUGGUCGCCAGAUGGGGCGCAUAUUACCGCCUCCAACGCGACAAACAAUCGGGGCUUUGUCUUUAUCGCAGCCGUCAUCACGCGUGGUUCUUGGACUUCGGAAAUCAGUCUUGUGGGUCAUGAGAAUACGAUAGAGGUCGCGUCGUAUAACCCCCAUAUCUUCCUACGAAAUCCUUCCGCUCCGGUAGCAACAUCGAACAUAUGCUCUGUUGUUGCCUUAGGUGCAGAUGAUCGAUCAGUUUCCGUAUGGCAAACCAAGUCGGCAAGACCUCUCAUUGUAGCGAAAGAAGUGUUUGAAAGACAAAUUAUGGAUUUGAGCUGGUCAUGGGACGGUAUGACCCUAUAUGCCGCAUCUUCCGAUGGUACUAUCGCGGUCUUCGAUUUCGAACCUGACGAACUAGAAGGACUCGCCCCCCAUUCCGUGCAAGAAACAUAUCUAUCGAAGUUUGGAUUUUCACCGCCCCCUCUACCUUCAAACUAUUCACACACGGCGGCCUCUACUGGCACCACGGAGUCGCAGAUAGAGUUUGAGAACCAUAUCCAUAACGAACCUGAACGCGUCAAUACACUUGUGGUCAAGAAGAAAUCAGCAAAGGACAAGAAGCGCUCAACUGUGAGGAUGAGCAUGCGAGACAUUCCUACGUCUGGGGCGCACGGUGAUAACGCUAAGGGAGGGCUGGACAGAAUCGGUGUCACUUCCAGUUCAUCUAGAAAUGCCAAUACCUUUCCUGUUCCCGACGAGCAGCCGUAUGAGCCUUCUGGUUGGGGAAUGAAAAUGGAUGUUGAUGUUGAUAUGGGGAUGGGGAGGGGGGUGCUUAUCGAUUCGAUUGCAGAAGGGAGUGGCAAUAGCCGGAAGAGGAAAGCCGAGGAGGAGCUGGUUAGUGGAAGGUAUAGGACUCUCGGGGGGGAUAGACCGCGAGAUUUUGGACCUGUGAAAGAGAUCUCUUGCUCUGACGGUAUGCCAAUCAUGGGUUUCGGGGGUGGUCCUAUGGCGAACCUACCGAUACCAGCCACUAUGACAAGGGUGACCGCGGAAGUAGACGGAAGUGAGGAUGUGUUUGAAGCUAUCAAUGCAGAGAUGGAUGAGGAUCAGACGGAGGUAAUGUUGAUCAGUGGGAAACAAACCAAGUGGUUGGACUAUCUGCCGUCGCCGGUUUUAGCUGCCAGGGCCACUUCGACAUUUUGUGCCGCUGCGAUGCAAGAUGGUUCGGUUAACGUGUAUUCUCACACGGGAAGGCGAUUGAUGCCUACGCUCGCACUUGGUUCUCCUUGCUCCGUUAUUGAUGGAAAUAAGAACUGUCUGUUGGUCAUAACUCAAUCCGGACAACUGUAUUCAUGGCGUGUCAACAAAAAUACUGCAUUCUUCCCCUCGAUCUCCGUUCUUCCUCUCUUAUCAUCUCCCAAUUACACAAUUACCUCCGCGAUGGUCCGCCCCAAUGGGACCCCGAUAGUUAACUGUUCAAACGGUUCCGUCUUUUCCUACGACCCCCAAUUGACCACGUGGGUCAGAUUGAGCGAGAAGUGGUGGUCAGAAUCUGAUGUCUGGCAGGGUCGUCAGCGGACGAGUACGAAUGGCCAGCACAACAAGGGGGUUAUAGCUGCUAUUGAAGGCAGCGUCUCGGCAGGACCAGAUGAGAAGAUCGCAGUGGAAUCGCGUCCGGAGUGGUGGACUACUGCAUUAACGCUAGGUCAUUUGGAGACCAGGAUGCAUGCCGCCAGGUUAUUGGAUAGUCCUGCAGACUACAAGCAAGCGUUAAUACUCUACUCGAAGAAGAUCGCGGACGAAGGGUUCAGGUCAAAAGCCGAAGAACUGAUCAAGGAACUUUUUGGCCCGAUAUACUGGCGCCCAGGAGAGGAUCGGGAUAGUUGGUCUCCAAACGUUGUAGGCCUAGCGAAAAGGGACCUCUUGAAGGAAGUUCUGACGCAGUUUGCCCGGAGUAAAACUUUAACGAAGCUGGCAAUGGAUUGGCAAGAUGUAUUGAAGAAAUCGACGAAUGAGGACUAAUCUGUUUCUUUUUCAUCCGACGUGUUCCAUUUUGUUCUCCAUUUCUCUUUGAUUUUGUUGUAAUAUUUUGACUUCCAUUAUUUAUUCCUUUGAUAUGAUCCAGUGUGAUGUGGCUGAGUCGGUCAUAACACCUCUUCACAUCCACUCUUCGGACUCCCGG